GCAGAAGGACGGAACUGAAGACCAGCUCUGUGUGUCACUUGCAGCCGCACCACUUCUAGCUUCACUUCCAGCAACAUGGGCUCCGUGUUACCUGCUGACGCUUUGGCUCUCAAGUCUGGAUUUAAGUGCCCCAGUCGUUCGCUGUCGGACGUGAUCACGUCGGACAUCCUGCACAGCUUCCUGUACGGCAGGUGGAGGAACGUGCUGGGAGAGCACCUGGCGGAGGAGCGGCAGAGCGGCAGCAGCCCCAAGACCGCUUUCACAGCCGAAGUCUUGGCCCAAUCCUUCGCUGGAGAGGUGCAGAAACUGUCCAGUCUGGUGCUGCCCACUGAGGUAAUCAUCGCCCAAAGCUCCAUCCCUGGAGAAGGCCUGGGCAUCUUCUCAAAGACCUGGAUCAAAGCAGGAACCGAGAUGGGCCCGUUCACAGGGAGACUUUUGUCCCCCGAACACGUGGAUCUGUUCAAGAACAACAACCUCAUGUGGGAGGUGUUCAAUGAAGAUGGCACAGUGCGUUAUUUCAUCGAUGCCAGUCAGGAGGACCAGCGCAGCUGGAUGACCUACAUUAAAUGCGCCCGAAACGAACAGGAGCAGAACCUGGAGGUGGUGCAGAUAGGAAGCAGCAUCUUCUACAAAGCUGUGGAGACCAUCCCACCAGACCAGGAACUUCUUGUUUGGUAUGGAAACACUCAUAACACAUUCCUGGGAAUACCUGGAGUGCCUGGAACUGAAGAUGAACACCAGAAGAAGAGUAGAACUGAUGAUUCUCAUUCCAGUGAGGGAACAUCUACAUGCUCCCCCACCUCCUCCUCUUCCUCCUCCACCUCCUCCUCCUCCAGCACUGGUCGGAUGCGCUGCGUAAUCUGCCACCGUGGCUUCAACUCUCGCAGCAACCUGCGUUCCCACAUGCGCAUCCACACCCUGGACAAGCCCUUCGUCUGCCGCUUCUGUAAUCGCCGCUUCAGCCAGUCGUCCACGUUGCGCAACCACGUCCGCCUGCACACCGGCGAGCGGCCCUACAAGUGCCACGUCUGUCAGAGCGCCUACUCCCAGCUGGCGGGGCUCAGGGCGCACCAGAAGAGCGCCCGACACAAACCGGUGGCGACUGGCACCGACGCUCCUCCCCAAGUGUCCCCUCCUCCGCCGCAGCUGACAGCCAUGCCCCACCAGAUGCCCCUGGUGCAUCACAUCCCUACUAUGGUGCUAUGAUGACAGACUAAUAGAAAGACUGUUGCGUGGAACGUUGCACUUUAGAUUUAAAGUUGUAGUGGAGGAUUAAAGGGUGCUCUCAAGAAGCAAGGCCUCAUUCAUGCAUGGAGGAAAGUUUAUUUUUUUUGUUCCUCUGGGUGUCCUGUGGUCAAAACAACAUAAAAAUGUAUUGUGCUAUGUAUUUUGGGAGCUCAAGCAAAUCUGCUCAGCUUUUUCAAAGCAGUGUUUCUCUUUAUGUUGUUCUCAUCAGCUCAGGUGGAAAUUAUCCUCAGUAAAAGAUCUGUUCAGUCUGUGGAUAAAAAGGAGGAGACCACAUUGUUGCAGCUGCAUCAUUCCACACUGUAAUCUGAAAUUGUCACUUUAAAUUUGUACAUAGUGGGUACUUUGAAGAAUUGUGUAUUUGUA